AUGUAUGAAAACAUGUCCACAAUGGUGUAUUUAAAGGAAGAGAAGUUGGAGAAGCUUACUCAAGAUGAAAUCAUUGCCAAAACGAAGCAAGUGAUUAAUGGACUAGAGGCACUGAAGAAUGAACACAACUCAAUUUUACAGAGCUUACUUGAAACACUGAAAUGUUUGAAGAAAGAUGAUGAAACUAAUCUGGUUGAAGAAAAAUCAAACAUGAUUCGAAAGUCACUGGAAAUGCUGGAGCUUGGCCUUAGUGAAGCACAGGUAAUGAUGGCCUUGUCAAAUCACCUAAAUGCAGUGGAGUCGGAGAAGCAGAAAUUGCGUGCCCAGGUUCGCCGGCUAUGCCAGGAGAAUCAGUGGCUCCGGGAUGAACUCGCCAAUACGCAGCAGAAACUGCAGAAAAGUGAGCAGUCUGUGGCUCAGCUGGAGGAAGAAAAGAAACAUCUAGAAUUCAUGAAUCAAUUAAAAAAAUAUGAUGAUGAUAUUUCACCAUCAGAGGAUAAAGAUACGGAUUCCACCAAAGAGCCUUUGGAUGACUUAUUUCCCAAUGAUGAAGACGACCAAGGACAAGGAAUUCAACAGCAGCACAGCAGUGCAGCAGCUGCGGCCCAACAAGGCGGCUAUGAAAUCCCCGCAAGGUUAAGGACCCUCCAUAACCUCGUUAUUCAGUACGCCUCCCAGGGCAGAUACGAGGUUGCUGUACCUCUGUGCAAACAAGCUCUGGAAGAUCUGGAGAAGACUUCAGGUCAUGAUCAUCCUGAUGUUGCCACUAUGUUGAACAUACUUGCUUUGGUGUACAGAGACCAGAACAAAUACAAAGAUGCAGCAAAUCUCCUGAAUGAUGCCUUGGCUAUCCGUGAAAAGACCUUGGGCAAAGAUCAUCCAGCGGUGGCAGCAACUCUAAACAACCUUGCAGUACUUUAUGGUAAACGAGGAAAGUACAAAGAAGCUGAACCUUUGUGUAAGCGAGCUCUGGAAAUCAGAGAAAAGGUUCUGGGGAAAGAUCACCCUGAUGUUGCCAAACAACUGAAUAACCUGGCUUUACUGUGCCAGAACCAGGGUAAAUAUGAGGAGGUUGAGUACUACUAUCAGAGGGCACUGGAGAUUUACCAAACUAAGCUGGGACCGGAUGAUCCAAACGUUGCAAAGACGAAGAACAACCUGGCAUCCUGCUAUCUAAAACAGGGCAAAUUUAAGCAAGCAGAAACUCUGUACAAAGAGAUUCUUACUCGUGCUCACGAACGGGAAUUUGGCUCUGUAGAUGAUGAAAAUAAGCCAAUUUGGAUGCAUGCAGAAGAGAGGGAAGAAUGCAAAGGAAAGCAAAAAGAUGGCACAUCCUUUGGAGAAUACGGCGGCUGGUACAAAGCUUGCAAAGUUGACAGUCCAACAGUAACAACUACCUUAAAGAACCUUGGGGCACUUUACAGACGACAGGGCAAAUUUGAAGCUGCUGAAACAUUAGAAGAGGCAGCAAUGAGAUCUCGUAAACAGGGUCUUGACAAUGUUCAUAAACAGAGAGUUGCUGAAGUGCUGAAUGACCCUGAGAGCAUAGAGAAACGGCGAAGCCGAGAAAGCCUCAAUGUUGAUGUGGUAAAGUACGAGAGUGGUCCUGACGGAGGCGAGGAAGUGAGUAUGAGCGUAGAGUGGAACGGGGAUGGCACUGGAUCUUUAAAGCGCAGUGGUUCCUUUAGCAAGCUCCGGGCUUCCAUUAGACGCAGCAGCGAGAAGCUGGUUAGGAAGCUGAAGGGAGGAAGCUCACGAGACAGUGACCCAAAGAACCCAGGCAUGAAGCGUGCCAGUUCUCUGAAUGUUCUUAACAUGGGUGGCAAGGCUACUGAAGAUCAUUUUCAAGAACGAAAUAAUUGUCUGACAGACUCGCGGGCUCUGAGCGUCAGUCACACUGAUCUGGCGCAUUGAGGUUCUUGGACAGCAGCUAGCUAAUAUUCCUGGGGGAAUAAGGAAGCACUGAGACCUUCAAAGCUUUGGUUCCUCAUCUUUAUGUAUAGGAACACCUAGUUUGUAGAUUUUGUUGGUUUUUUUCCCAAUGGACUGCUGGUUUUACUUUUCUAAAUAGGGAUGAUUUUAAACACAGCGUUAGUGGGUAUUUUCUUCUAAAGGAGAACUAUAGAGAUCUAUAUUGCUCAUUGCACUGCUCCCAUUCGUGCUACUUACGUUGAUUAAUAGAUCUGAAUAUUACAGCAGCCAAAAAACUGUAAAAAUACAAACACAUUUGAAGCAUACCAAAAUG